AUGGAUAACCAAAAAAAUCUCAGACAAAAGAGAAAAGCUGUUGUUGAUAACAAGAAAAAAUCUGCAAAGAAACCAACACCUCCAAAACGUUCUUCAACAAAUGAAACAAAAACUCCACUUGCUAAUGUUACCAACACUAGCAAUAUUGAUGUCAACCUCAUCAAUCCAACUCACAUUCAUACACAUCCAAGUACAUCUACAAUUGCUUCCCAAAACUCAAACUUCAAUGUUCCAAGUCAGACACCUCCAUCACAAAUUGUUUUCCCUUUAGCUUCAUCCAAUUUUAUUCGAAAUUGGAAUGCUACUCUCAGACAAAUUGCUUCAAAUGAACCAAAUCCUGCUUUUGGUAACAUGCGACCAAAUCAUAUUGAAGAAAUCAACCAACAAGUUCAUACAGUUCAAAAGGAAGCAACAAAUAAUUCAACUAAACCUGCUGAAGGUUCAACUUCUUCAAGGAUUCAAGUAGAAAAAAAUACUAAUUUGUUAACAUCCUUUUGUAAUGUUAGCCAACCAUCUCAGUUGAACAAUGUUGUGGAACCACCUCCAACAAAACCUCAUUAUCAAACCCGGGGAGUUAAUCUAUACAACAAGUUCACUGCCACACUCAGUGAAAAUCAGACAACUUUAGGAAACAAUGAAGUUGGAACCAAAAAGAAAUCUCAGUAUUCCACAAUUUUUGAGAAUCAUGUAAUUGAAUCUUCUUCUGAUGAGUCUGACACAUCAGACAAUUGUAGCAGUGAUGGACAAUCAGCAUCUGAUGAUGAACAAGAUAUAGAAGAUGAUGAUCAACAAGGUUAUUUUGAUAUAGGUGAUCCUAUAUGGGAAUGCCAACAAUGUGGUGCAUUCAUGUGGUAUCAAGAAAGGAAGAAUAAGAGAAAAGAUUCCAUUACACCUCAAUUCCAGCUAUGUUGCCAUGGAGGCAAAGCUCAACUCCCAUUGCUAGACCAACCACCAGAACUUCUUCAACAUCUAUUAUUUAACUAUCACAGUGCAGACAGCAAAAAUUAUCAGGCUCACACAAGGAUAUAUAACUCAAUGUUUGCUUUCACAUCACCUGGAAUGAAAUUGGAUGAACGGAAAAGAAUUGGUAAAGGUCCACCAACAUUAAGGAUUCAAGGACAAGUUUGUCAUCGAAUUGGGAGCAUGUUGCCGGUUGAAGGUCAACCUCCUAAAUUUGCACAGCUAUAUAUUUAUGACACUGAAAACGAAAUUAAAAACAGAAUGCAGAAUUUCAGCAAUAUCAAAGAUCUUGAUGCAAAUAUUGUUCACAAAUUAAAAGUUAUGCUUGAUGAACACAAUGUUCAUGCAAGAUCAUUUAGAAUGGCUAAACAGACUUUGCAAAAUAAUUUUUUCCAAGACCUAAAGUUUAAACUAAUUUCUGAGAGAACUACAGAUGGUAGGAUUUAUAAUAAGCCAACUGUAUCUGAAGUGGCUGCUCUCAUUGUUGGAGAUAUUGACUCUGCUGCAGAAAGAGAUAUAAUCAUGCAUAAGAGAAGUGGUCAAUUGAAAAGAAUAAAUGAAUUUCAUCCAGCUUAUCUUGCUUAUCAAUAUCCACUGAUUUUCCCAUAUGGUGAAGAUGGUUUCAGGACAGGCAUUCAAUUUAGAUAUAGGCAUGAAACUGAGAUAACCAAAAGGAAUCGUCUUACGAUAAAAGAUUGGCUUUGUUUUAGAAUCCAAAAGCGAAAAAAGGAAGCUCAGACAUUGCUAUGUUCAAGAAGACUUUUCCAACAGUUUUUGGUUGAUGGAUAUACAAUGAUGGAAACUGAGCGUUUGAAUUGGUUAAGGAAAAAUCAGAAUAAACUCAGAGUUGGAAAAUAUCACAAACUAAAGGAAGGAACUCAAAAUCCCAAUAAUGACCCAAAUCAGAAAAGAGGGACAAGAGUUAUCUUGCCUUCUACUUUUGUUGGUAGUAAAAGAUAUAUGGAUCAAUUGUACUUUGAUGGUAUGGCAAUUUCUUCUGCAGUUGGUUUUCCUGAUAUAUUUAUAACUUUCACAUGUAAUCCUACAUGGCCUGAAAUCACAAGGGAGCUUGCAAAAAACAACUUGAAACCUCAAGAUCGACCGGACAUUGUUUCAAAGGUUUUCAAAAUAAAGUUUGAUGAGCUUAUGAAGGAUUUGACUAAGAGACAUAUCUUAGGCAAGGUGUUAGCAUAUAUGUAUACAAUUGAAUUUCAAAAAAGAGGUCUCCCACAUGCUCAUAUAUUGAUUUUCUUGCAUCCUUCAAGCAAGUAUCCUUCACCUGAAGACAUUGACACUAUCAUUUCUGCUGAGAUACCAAACCCUGAUUCUGACCCUGAGCUUUACAACCUGGUUAAAAAACAUAUGAUACAUGGUCCAUGUGGAUCAUCUAGACUUCAGUCACCAUGCACUGUCAAUGGAAGGUGUACUAAGUUCUUUCCAAAAAAAUUCAAUGAAAAAACCAUUGUUGAUCAAGAUGGAUACCCUGUUUACAGAAGAAGUUCCAAUUCCUAUACGGUGGAAAAAAAUGGUGUUACUUUGGACAAUGGUUAUGUUGUUCCAUAUAAUAAGAGACUAUUGCUCAAAUAUCAAGGUCAUAUCAAUAUGGAAUGGUGUAACCAAUCAUCAUCAAUUAAAUAUUUGUUCAAAUACAUACACAAAGGUUAUGAUAGAAUCACAGCUACAGUUGAAAGAGCUCAAAACAAUGGAGGAAAUCAACAGAUUCAAAUUGAUGAAAUCAAACAAUAUGUUGAUUGCAGAUAUAUUUCACCAUGUGAAGCAUGUUGGAGAAUUUUUUCAUUCAAAAUACAUGGUAGGAAGCCUGCUGUAGAGAGAAUGUUUUUUCAUCUGGUCGGAGAAAAUACUAUAUAUUUCACUGAUUUUGACCGGAUGGAAAACAUUUUGGAAAAACCAAGUGUCACCGAGUCUAUGUUCACAUCAUGGUUGCAAGCAAAUAAAGACUAUCCAGCUGCUAGAAAACUUACAUAUGGUCAGUUUGUCACAAAGUUUACCUACAGCAAGAAAAAGAAAUCUUGGACACCAAGGAAAAGAGGUUUUAAGAUUGGUAGAUUGAUUUGGGUUCCCCCGACAACAGGAGAAUUGUUUUAUUUGCGAAUGAUGUUGACUGUCGUCAAAGGCCCAAUGUCAUAUGAAGAUAUUAAAAAGGUACGUAAUAUACAAUAUGACACAUUCAGAGAUGCAUGUUUUGCAAAAGGAUUUCUUGGAGAUGAUAAGGAGUACAUUAGUGCCAUUAGAGAAGCUCAUGGAUGGGGACCAGGUUUCUUUUUAAGGAGAUUAUUUGUCAUUUUACUAUUGUGUAGUUGUAUGAAUAGACCAUAUUUUGUUUUCAAGAAGACAAUACAGUGGCUUUCUAAUGGAAUCUUAUAUCAACAAAGGGGAAUUGCACUUAAUAAAGAUUUGCAACUGACUGAUGAUGAAAUUGAAAAUUUAACCCUGUUAGAGAUUGAACAGUAUCUGCAAGGUAACAGGAGGUCAUUAAAAGAAUUUGGUUCAAUGCCGUAUCCGAAAGGUUAUGUGCUAGAACAACUGGGGAAUAGACUAAUAUAUGAUGAGAGAAAUUACGAUAUUCAAGCACUUAAAGAAGAAUUUGCAGAAUUAUCUGCUUCACUCACAGAUGAACAGAGAAGGCAUUUUAAAAAAAUAAUGAGUGCUGUGAACAAACAAGAUGGAGGAGUGUUCUUUUUGCAUGGUUAUGGUGGAACAGGAAAAACAUACAUAUGGAGAACACUUGCAAGUGCAUUGAGGUCAAAACAUGAAAUUGUUAUUACUGUUGCAACAAGUGGAAUUGCAGCUCUACUCCUGCCUGGAGGAAGAACAGCUCAUUCAAAAUUUAAAAUUCCUAUUCCCACUUUAGAUAAUUCCAGCUGCAAAAUACCACAUGACAGUGACCUUGCUGAGUUGCUCAGACAAACAAAGUUAAUCAUAUGGGAUGAAGCACCAAUGACUCAUAAAUACUGUUUUGAAUCUUUAGACCGUUGUCUACAGGAUCUAAUGACUAAAAAUGGAGAGGAGAAGAAAAUUUUUGGUGGAAAGGUUGUCGUUUUUGGAGGUGAUUUUAGACAAAUACUUCCGGUAAUUCCAAGAGGAAGCAGAUCUGAUAUUGUCCAUGCUUCAAUCAAUGCAUCUUACAUUUGGGAUCAUGUAGAGGUUUUGACUUUAACAAAAAAUAUGAGACUGCGACAAGGACCAAACAAUGAGGGAAACAAUGAGAUUGAAUCUUUUUCAAAUUGGCUCUUGGCAGUUGGAGAAGGGAGAAUAUCUGAACCUAAUGAUGGCAUUGCACAGAUUGAAAUUCCAGAUGAACUCCUCAUCAAAAAUUUUGAUGAUCCAAUCAAAGGAAUUGUUGAUAGUACUUAUCCAAGUUUUUUGCAGAAUUACAACGAUUAUCAAUAUUUGCUCAGCAGAGCAAUUUUAGCUUCUACAAUUGAAGUAGUUGAUUCAAUAAAUGAAAACAUGCUCAACAUUAUGCCAGGUGAAGAACAAGAAUACUUGAGUGCAAAUGAUAUUGACAGAUCAGAAAUUCAUGAUUAUCAAGUUACACAACUUUUUACUCCUGAAUUUUUGAGUUCUCUACGGACUUCUGGUCUUCCAAGUCACACUAUCAAGUUGAAGGUUGGAGCACCAAUAAUGUUAAUGAGGAAUAUUGACCAAACUCAAGGUUUAUGUAAUGGUACAAGAAUGAUUGUAACCAAGCUAGCUAAUCAUGUGAUUGAAGCUAAAAUAAUUGGUGGCAAGCAUCAUGGCAGUGUAGUUUACAUUCCAAGAUUAGAUAUGUCUCCAUCACAAUCUCCAUGGCCUUUUAAAUUGACUAGAAGGCAAUUCCCUCUAAUGGUAUCAUAUGCCAUGACCAUUAAUAAAUCACAAGGACAGUCUUUGGAUCAUGUUGGUAUUUAUUUGCCAAAAGAUGUUUUUAGUCAUGGUCAAAUAUAUGUUGCCGUUUCAAGAGUUAAAAGCAAACAAGGCAUUAAGUUGUUGAUUCAUGAUGACAACAAAGUUGCUAAAGAGAUGACUAACAAUGUUGUCUUCAAAGAAGUGUUCAACAAUAUCUGA